AUGGCAACCAUUCCCGAUUUGAAUGAACAGUACGAGAGCCUGGACCGGCGGGUGGAAAUUCGCCAGGACUCCGCCAUAGACACCGAGUGCCUGAUGGCCUUCCAGUAUGAGUAUCCUGAGCAGGAAUCGGAGGUUUCCAUAGACACCGACGAGUUCACCGCCGUUUGUCCGUGGACGGGACUGCCGGACUACGGGACUUUGACGGUGACCUAUGCGCCGGGAGAAAGCUGCAUUGAAUUGAAGUCCCUCAAGUACUACCUGCUGUCGUUUCGGGACGUUGGAAUUGUGCAGGAGCACGCCGCCAACCGGAUACUGGAGGACCUGGUGGCCUGCUGCCGGCCGCGCCGGAUGAAAGUAGCGCUGGACUACAAGGUCAGGGGAGGCAUUCACACCGAGGUGUCGGUGGAGUACAAGAGGCCGGUGGAGUAG